AUGGCCUCUUUCCCAGAAUUCCAGAAUGACUCGUCUAUCCACGAUGACCCUGGUGCAAGGGUGCCCCUGCCCUGGGCAGGAUUCAUCACUCUGUCUCUCCUCAUGGCCGUGUUCUCCAUCACAGCUGUCGUGUUGAACACUACAGUGAUAGUCGUUACCCUUCGGCACAAACAGCUGCGGCAGCCGCUGAAUUUUGCCCUGGUCAACCUUGCCGUUGCCGACUUGGGCAUCACGUUAACAGGAAGUGUGCCAUCUGUGGUGACCAAUGCAGUGGGCUACUACAUUACAGGACGGGUCGGAUGUGUACUGGAGGGAUUUUGUGUUGCAUUAUUUGGUAUAACAGCGCUGUGCACAGUGGCUCUGAUUGCUGUGGAACGGCUGUUCGUAGUGUGCAAGCCUCUGGGUACCAUCACAUUCCAGACCAAGCACGCCGCUGGAGGACUGGCGUUCUCCUGGCUCUGGUCUCUGAUCUGGAAUACGCCGCCUCUCUUUGGCUGGGGGAGCUACCAGCUGGAGGGAGUCGGCACAUCCUGCGGACCCGACUGGCAGAGUCGAGAUCUCAGAAAUGUGUCUUACAUCAUCUGUUACUUCUCACUCUGUUUUGCUGUGCCAUUCGUCAUCAUUGUGGUGUCGUAUUCAUGGCUGCUCUACACGCUAAGACAAGUAGCUAAGGUCGGUGGCUGUGUAGCUGCGAGGGCGGAGUCUAAGGUGGCGUGGAUGGUGGUGAUGAUGGUGUUGGCGUUCCUCGUGAGCUGGCUGCCGUAUGCUGCUCUGGCUCUAAUGGUCGUCUUCAACCCUGAUGUCCAGUUACCUGUGCUGGUGAAGGUGGUACCCAUAUACAUGGCCAAGAGCAGCACUGUUUACAACCCCCUGAUCUACAUAUACAUGAACAAACAGUUCCAGAAGUUUGCAGUACUACUUCUGAUGUGUGGAAGGGACCCUUGGCCUUCAGAGGACGAUGCUUCUGAAGCUCAGACUGUUGUGUCACCAAUGAACAACAAAAUCAGCCCAGACUGACUUCAUAUUUCACUACGGUCAUGUUAGAGCAUCAUUAAUGUGCUUUUCUGCUAAAAGUGAGAUGGUCUGAUGGAUAUGCUGAUGCUAUUUCUUUCAUGUGUGUGUUUCCUAUUGAAGUUGAGUUGAUAUGUGGCUUGUCGUUUUUUUAAGGCUAAUAGCAUUUCAUUCACAUCACAUCUGGGAUUCACUACUUGCUAAAGCUAUUCAGAACCACUUGGUGUUUGGGAGAGGAAGAUUUUCAUUCUAGACACCAUGUGAUGAUAAAAAUGUGUAUAUUGUACCUUCCUGAAGGAAAGAUGUAUUUUUUUAUUUAUUUUUUUUGGUCAUUGUUUUUUCCCCGACAAAUUUUCCCAGCUCUUAGUUUUGUCAAAUUUUAGGUUGUAUACCAACUUCAUACUGUACUAUACUUCUAGUGCAUUAAAUUGAUCAAAAGUGACAGUAGAGACACCGAAUUUGGUGUUUCUUGAGCAAAUCUGCAUAGUAGAAUUAAUUCUGAAGAGUCAGACAAAUGAAUGCUGAAAAUUUAGCUCUGCAUCCCAGGAAUAAAUUACAUUUCACAAUAUAUUUAAACAGAAAGCAGUUAUUUCAAAUUGUAAUAAUAUUUCACAACAUUGAAGGUUUUACUGUAUAUUUGGUCAAUUAAAUGCAGUUUUGGUGAGCAUUGGAGACUUUAAAUGCUAUAUCAUCUGAUCCCAGAGCCCCAGAUGAAUCUUGCAAUAUAAUCAGAUUAAACCUUUCAUAUUUCCUUCCAAUUAAAGAUGCCUUGACCUACUGAUCUACUGAGAAACUUGUUCAUUAGCUAUUAUUAAUGUCUUUCUGUGGCUACAGAAGUGUUAUCAUAUUAUCAUGUUCUGAAUUGCAGUUCCAUGUUCUUGUACAAAGAAGUGACACAGUUGUUUGUUUAUCCAUAAGUUUAUUCUGUAUUAAUCAUUAGAAAAUAAAAUUUCAGUAUUGAUUCAAAUCAAGUCCAGGCCAAAAUAAAUAGAAAAAAAAAAAAAAAAAAAAAAGGUAUCAAUACAAAACCUAGAGGGAUAUUAUAAGUCAUCUGCUACGAAGAAAACCCCUUUUUAUUUUUCUUCAUGAAAUAGAAACCAUAACAGAGCAAAGAUAAAGACUUUCAAAUGGAGAACAUCACCACGCAUCGUUCCAUUACUUCUGUACAUAUGUUACACUAGAAACUUAUGUUUCCUUACAGCAUUAAUAAGAAAAAGUAUAAUAGUAGUAGCAACAACUCUAGAUGUAAAUGUGAUAAUCAACAGAUGUGGCUCUGAAAACUUGUAUAAUACUUUUUUGAAGGUUUUUUUUUUUUUUUUUUUUUGUCAACAAAUCAACGUUAACGAUACAGAGGAGUGCACCUUUUUUUCCUUCCUUCUUUUUGUCCCAGCACUGAAAGGUGAAAUGUAAAUGACAAAUAUAUUAUCACUAAACUGUACGCACAGUCACAGAAAAAAGUACAAAAUUCGCCCAUCUUGAUACACAAAAUAUGAAUAGAAAACAGGGGAAAACAAAUUGCACAUUACAGUAAUUUGUGCAAAGACGAACAGCAAUGUGCUAAUAGUAAAAUCCCAUUGGUAUAUUAAGAAACCAAAUUUUAUUCUUUCUUUUCAGGAGUCCCUGACACGAGGUAAAAGUUAAGUCUUUAGUUUUUUUUUUUUUUUUUUGAAAAAGUUUUUUCUUUUGUUUAUUAUAUAAAUAAUGCAUAUUUUAUUGUCCUUACCAGUAAUUGCUACGAAUAGUACAAUGUGCCAAGAAUGUGCAUUGGUCCGUUUACAAGAUAUAAGUAUAACUGACAUGAAGACCAGAACACAACAUCUUUUUUUUUUUUUUUUUUUUUUUUCGCACGGAUCAUUUCAGAGAGCCCUUUCAGAUGUGCAGACGCAGUGUUUCAUGACAGUAUUCGGUUGACUGAAAAGCACAGUACUCUUCCAAAACACAAGAGAUCAAUAACACUCAAGCACAAGAAUUUCAACCAGCCCCACGUUUCCCUUUAUUUAAACUUUACUGAAGCUUUACACUUCAAGGCAGUGGCCUUUGCAGUCCAACUUUUAUUUUUUUUGCCCAUUACUUUGUCAAAAAUGUCAAAAGGUCAAUUGAAUUGUAUACCUUGUUGAGGCCUAAGGAUGGAUUUACAACACUUUAUAGGCAAAAAAAACCAAUACACAACAAAAAGGACGCUUCAAAUGUUGAUAUGUUUCCCCUGCACUAAAAGAGGUAUUUCCAGAAGCCAGAGCUGAAGUGAGAGGUGAAAAGAAAGAACAAACGAAAGAGUAAAAUAAAAAAAAUAA